CCUCCAAUUCUCCUCGACACCCCCCGAUCGCCUUCCCUUUUCCUUGGAGCAACCUGCCAUUUGCUCCCGAGGGAAGCAGGGUCGCUGGGGUCGUCCGUGUUGGGCGAUCAGGAUUUGCUUUAGGUUGCAGGCUAGGUGUUCGAUGCUAUUGGCCUGACCGCCUGAGGUGAGAAUAGGCCUGCUGCUCCGCUCGGUCUUCCGUUUGGAGGUGACUCACGCCCUUCUGAAUCCGAUUCAACAGCUGUAGAAUCGAGGUCUCUUGCUUGGCUGUAGUUGAUUCUUCGUCAUGCUCGUCGAUUGACUUGUUUAUCUGCUUGCUUGUGUGGUGCAAGUGCAACCGUGUCGUUUCACUAUGAUUGCUCCUAGGGUUCCAGAACCAAUUCUAGGCAAUGGUGGUCGUGUUGUGCCCACUGCCUGUUUGGUGGAGGAGUAUUCCAGCUGUGAAUGUAACUAGCUUGGAGCCUGAUAUUUUGUCCAACUGCUGAAUUCAUGCUUCUCAUUUGGAACAUGGGAGGCAGUUUAACAGUCUUAUAAGCCAAAUUUUGUUUCGUCUUAAUCAAAAGCGGAAAAGCCAGAAUACGUUUUGUUAUUGUUUGCUGGAACAAAGUAGAGUAUGAUUCGAUCACUGUUUUCUUUUCCUUAAAAAUGCAGAUAGUUGAAAAAUCGAUUGAGUAACUAUAGCAUCUCGUGUGAAGCACUGAUGAACUGCUAGCCCAGGUUCUUGAAAAAAUUUAUAACUUCUCAUUGGUGCCAGCGAAUCAAUGAUCUGCAUUGAGUGACCUGCUUCUUGCUGUUCCUUCUGAUUUCGUCUUGUGUACAUUAUGUGCUCACCUAGGUGUUUUAACUUUUAAGUGGUCUUCAUAUAUCAACUAGGACACUGGAUUCCAAUCCAAAACAAUUUAAGCGCGAGUGGUUUUGUGCAGGGAACAUAAUGAACUUCUUUUUAGAGAAGUUUUGCAUCUCGAUUUGAUGUAUCCGUGUACAUCCUCUGAAUUUUUUCAUAUUCUUAGCUUAGAAGGCACAUAUGAACAACUGUAUUGGUAGAUAUUUUACUUUUACACUUGAUGUAUUUAUUGCAUGCUGCUGUUUUUUCCCCUUGUUGGUAAUCAUCAUUUCUACAGAGAUAUCUCAAAUCAAGGCCAAAUAUGUAAAGACUUGACUCUUUAGUUGGUGAACCAACUCUCUCAGGCUUAAUUCACAACUUUCUUCCAUUCUACUAGUAGACACUUAGCUCUGAAUUCUGAUUUUUUUUUGAGAUAAUCUGAAUUCUGAUUUGACACUGUGACGUCUGCUCUGGUAUCCAUAGUUGAGAAUAGCUGGCGUGCUUUCUAAUCAUGAGCUUUCUGUUACCUUGAUUCAUUAAGGUAAGCAUCAAUGUAGAUUGGUUUUGAGCUUUAGACGAGAGCAUUUAUAUGUUAAGGUUGGUUGGUUGUUGCACUGGAGAAAUCAUUAUCCAGCUGUACCAUUGUGAUGUACUUAGCUUAUAAAAAGCCACUAGGUACUUCUAUUUGCUCACUCUAGUGCUUUACUCCCCUCUGUGAUCCAAGCUGACAGAAAACAAGAGGGAUAACAUCUGAAACAGCGAGCUUCGAAACAGAGUUGGCAGUAAAUUAAUGCUUCAGCUGUCUGUAAUGCUGACUCACGUUCUCUGGUUUUGUUGUCUUAUAGGGAUUGAUUUGAGACGUAAACCUUUUACCAGGUUGAUAAAUCUGAAUUUUUCCACAUCUUGACAAGAGCAAUAUGCCAAUCCCCUUUUGAAAAGAAUCCUUACAGAUACAUAAUAUAUCAAGAGGAGACAUUCAAUACAAAUUUGAAUUGGUUGCAGAUUUGGGAGCUUGCUGUACAGUGUCGAUAUUCAGUAUGAUCUAAUUGUGUUGGGCUAGACAUAAGUUGUUGUGCUGUCGUUGUUGCAGUAAUUCCUCAAUGGAUUCUCUUUUAAGCAUAGCAUUCUUCCAAGUGUAGGAACAGCUGUCUGUGGUGAUAAUCUUAUAUGUCAAGAUAUUCACCUGAGGUCUCCGACAGAUCGGCGAGACCGCUCGCUUUCAUAGCUGCUGUGACCGGAGAAGUGGAGAGGACAGCAGAAGCUAAAGCAAUGGUUCACCUGAUCUGCUAGACUAGUUACUGCUGCUGCUUCUGUAAACCGCCGUCAAGACUCUGGAGCAUUGGAUGCUUCUUAUGAGAUCAAUUGCGUGAACAGCAGGCACAGCACAGCGAGGGGGGAGGGGAGCUGUGGGACUCGUCAUUACAGCCUUUCCCCCGGACACCAUCCCAGCAGCACAACUCACUCCAGCCGGAAGCACGCCAUGGCGGAGGAGAAGAAGAAGCACAAGCACAAGCACAAGGAGAAGGGCGGCACGGAGCAGGCGGCGCACUUCAAGCCGUGCGCCGACGUGAAGGGCAUCCGGUUCGGGGGCCAGUUCAUCGUCAAGUCGUUCACGGUGCGGCGGGCGUCGCCGCUGGAGCUGCUGCGGCUGCUGGACAUCCCGCCGUCGUACCUGAGUGAGUGCCAGAGCCUGCCGUUCCCGUCCACCACCACCUACAUGCCCACCAGCUUCACCAUCCUGGCGCACCAGGCGUGGCACACCCUGACGCUGGGCCUGGGCACCAAGAAGUCCAAGGUGGUGCUCUUCGUGUUCGAGUCCGAGAGCAUGAAGGCGGCCGUGGACCAGCUGUGGCCGGCCAUGAUCCCGCUCGGGGACGUGAACAAGAAGCUCAUCCGCGGGCUCACCGGCAGCGAGAUGGCGCGGUUCAAGUUCCGCAAGGGCUGCCUCACCAUCUACGUCUACGCCGUGCGCCGGCUGGGCGCGGCCGGGUUCAUGCGCGCCGACGACCUCCGGCGGAUCCUGCAGUCGGUGGUGGACCUCAAGGACUUCCUGGACCACACCGCCAUGCUCGCCAUCCCGAGCCAGAAGAGCAUCACCCUGCAGUCCCGGACCGCGGUGGCUCACUGAGACCGCAGAGCAUCGAUCUCUGAUGGAGCCAUGAGAAAACCUCGAUCAGUUCAGCUCCCAAGAACAGGUACGCCGGACUUGUAAUCUUCAGAGGUCCUAAUUCUUUCUCGGUUGGAUUCGUUUGGUCAGUGUCGGUGCAAAGUGUUCACCUCCUCCUCUGCUGGGAGCAGCAGCUGUAUAGAUCUGUUGAACAAAAAAGUGUUUCAGCAAAUCAAGCAUAGUUUUUUCCAAAGGCGAAUUUUCCUUCCAUGGAUCUUACAUUUCGUUAUACUCUUGUGGCCUUUGUCCCCUGAAAUAAUCCAUCAAUGAAGCCAUCUGUUCUAUGGCA